AACGCAGUGGAAUUGAUUCCGAACAAAAAAAAAGCAGGGGUUGGAAUUGACUGUUUCCAAAAGUAAGGGCGAAGAAAGUGAGUCUUGACGUUUUUUAAUGACCUGCAAAGCAAAAGAGACAAAAAAAAUAUCAAAUUCUGAUUCCUCCGACUAAGCCAUUUCCAUCAUCGUUUUUCCUCCGAUUCCUUUUUUUGUUCGUCGCCGUUCUUCGGAUUUUCACUCUUCUGCUCGAAAGGGCAGUGCUUGAGAAUCAUUGAAGAAGGUGAUCGCUGUUUCUUUUGCCAUAACAUAUCAGAAACUCUGGGAAACAUACACAGUCCAUUCAUCAACUUGAAAUCUUGAUCAGAGCCUGCUUUGCGCAAAGAGAGUAACAGGAAGCGCAAGAACUUGGAGUUGUCUUCUUCUUUUUUUUUUGUAUCAUGCCGUAUUUUAUUCAGAGGCUUUUCAAUACUUGCAAGACAUCUCUCUCACCUAAUGGACCUGUGUCUGAGGAAGCCUUAGACAAGCUUCGAACGAUGUUGGAGAAAAUCAAGCCGUCUGAUGUUGGUCUCGAACAGGAAGCUCAAUUGGUGCGUAACUGGUCUGGUCCUGGGAACGAGGGUAAUGGAAACCAUAAUUCUCUGCCAGCAAUAAAAUAUCUUCAAUUACAUGAGUGUGAGAGCUUCUCGAUUGGAAUUUUCUGCAUGCCACCUUCGUCGAUCAUACCACUUCAUAAUCAUCCAGGCAUGACAGUGCUAAGCAAGCUCGUUUAUGGUUCAAUGCAUGUGAAGUCGUAUGAUUGGGCUGAAACUGACCCAUCAGAGCUAGACGAUCCAUUACAAGCAAGACCUGCGAAGCUGGUUAAGGAUACUGAAAUGACGGCUCCUUGCCCAGCAACGACGCUAUAUCCAACAACCGGCGGAAACAUCCACUGUUUCAAAGCCAUUACUCAUUGUGCAAUCUUUGAUAUCUUAUCUCCUCCAUACUCUUCUACUCAUGGAAGACACUGCAACUACUUCCGCAAAUCCCCAAUACGAGACUUACCUGGUGAGAUAGAAGUGAUGAAUGGAGAAGUGAUAUCAAAUGUGACAUGGCUCGAAGAGUAUCAACCUCCAGAUAACUUUGUGAUCUGGAAAGUUCCGUACAGAGGUCCUGUGAUUAGAAAAUGAGAUUAAUAAGCAUAUAAGAAAAGAGCAUAAAGAGGAAGGGGGCUUAUCAUCAGGAGAAUAAAUUUGUAAACCGUUCAGAGGCUUGCCGCAUUGUGGUGAAGAGGUUUUUUACAUAUUUAUGACUUACAUUGAGAGUCAGCCUAUUUCAUUAUAUGAUAAUGUUUACAUCUUUACGAUUACUGUACUUUACAAUUUUAAUAUUAUAGUAAUUUUUUCCCUACAUUUUAGCAAUUGCUCACAAACAAUGUCAUAUUUAGUUUUCAUAAUUUGUAAUUUCGAUGGUCCUUUACCUUUGCUA